AUGACCCCACAGCGCCGUCCCUCGACUGCUGACGGCACCGUCACCGGGAACAACGCCAACAUCAACCCAGCUAUCGCCUCCAUCAACUCACAACUAUCGAAUCUGACACAUUAUAGCUUCUCGCCCGAACUCUAUACCUUUACGCGCCCAUCACCAACAGCGUUCAACGUCUCCGAAGACGCAUAUUUCCUGCGCGGAACGCAUAUAUCCACAAACACCCCCGUUAUCGCAAAGGUUUCGCAGCAUGUAUUGCGAUUAGAGAGGGAGUAUCAUGUAUUUCAGCACUUGGGUGGGAUCGAGGAGGCCUUUAGUGGGGGGAAGGAGGAACAGAUUGGACGCGGUGAGGGCAAAGCACGGAAAUUGGUGGUGGACGUGUUGGAUUUGGUACAUGCCCAUUCACGGGCGGAGAUGAAUCUGGGACAAGCGCGGGGACCAGGUCCGGGUCCGGGCUCGUGUGCGGCGAUUAUUUAUACGGAUCCGGGACUGAAUGCGCUUGCGGACUGGACGAGUACUGAGAUGAUUACAGUUCCCCCGUUCCUCGAUUUUGCGAUUGCGGCGUGUGAGGUCUUGGAGUUUAUCCAUGGACAGGAUUUGGUACACGGUGAACUUCGUCCGGAGAGUUUUCAUUGGAAUGUGGAGGAGGGUGUCGUGAGACUCAUGAACUUUGGGUCUGGGUUGAAGAGUUUCCAGAAUGGGUUGACGUCGAGUGGAUGGUCUUCGUUGGCACGGGAGAAGGGCGUGGAGGGACGGUUGAUGUUCAUCUCGCCUGAACAGACGGGGCGGACGAGUAACGAGCCUGAUCACCGAACUGAUAUCUACUCCCUGGGGAUAUUGUUCUACAUGUUGUUGACGAGACAGUACCCCUUCGAGGGCUCACCCAUGGAAAUCCUGCAAGCGGCUCUAUCACGACGAACACCGGCCGUACACACCGUCAGACCCGAUGUUCCCGAGGUCAUCACCCACAUCAUCCAGAAAAUGACGGCAAAGAUGACGGAUGAGAGGUAUCACUCCGCUGGAGGUUUGAAAGCCGAUUUGUUGGAGUGCCAACGGCAGUUGAGGAGUGGUGAGGCCGGGACCGGAAUUGAGGCAUUCCUGCUGGGGCAGAAGGACGUUACGUCCUUUUUCUGCUUACCAGCCAAGAUAUUCGGUCGGGAUCAGGAGCGAGAAACGAUGCUCGGUAUCGUGCGGAGGGUGGCGCGAAGACAUCAAGUAGCGAGUGCGCAAAGGAUGGGAAUUAUCGACGUCCAUACCCAGCCGAGUUUAUCUGAGGCGCAUUUGGAGCAAUUCUCGAAUUCGAGUGCGGCGAGUGAUUCAGCGUAUAUGCCGUACUCUACCUCAGGUAUGUCGAUCUCUGGGUCUUCGGCGGGAGGAGUCCAGGGCCGUUCGGAUGGGAGUAAGAGUUAUUGUGAGGUGAUUGCGCUUAGCGGACCCACCGGUGUCGGGAAGAGCGCGCUUGUCAACGUGAUUCAGUCCGAGGCGAGGAAGUAUGGAUAUUUCGCGAGUGCGCAGUUCGAUCGGGCACAGCAAACGCCGUAUGGUGCGAUUUUGAGGGGUAUCUCGAGUAUUAUGAGACAAGUGUUGACGGAAUCCGAGGCCGCGAUUGGGGAGUUUUAUCAGGAGCUCAAAGCGUUCUUGGGACCGCAGUUUGGGAAUAUCUAUUUCAUGGUGGAUCUCGUGCCUGAGCUGAGACCUGUGCUGAAUUUCGAUGCGGAGAGUGGAGGGGGGAGUCAGACUGGUCCGGGCUUGACGGGGAAGGAUUCGAAUUCGAAUUUGGCGGCGAGUGUGGAGGCGAAUACGAGUGCGGCGCCGGCUGCUCAUGCGCCGUCUAACUCUAGCGCUAAACUUCGUUUCGUGGCGAUGUUCUUGGAUGUUCUCCGAAUGCUCGCACAAUCCAAGAUGAUCACGUUGGUGUUGGAUGAUUUGCACGCCGCCGAUGACGCCUCGCUUGAUUUGUUGGCGAAUAUCGUGAAUUCGAGGAUUCGGAUGUUGUUGCUUGUCAGUUAUCGCGAUACGGAGAUGUUGCCGGAGAAGCUUGAGAGUAUACUCGGAAGCGAGAAUGGACGGGUUACACACAUUCCGUUGGCGCCGUUGGGGACGCAGGCGAUUACGGAGUAUGUUGCGUGCGCGUUGCAUCGGGAGGAGGAGUUUGUGGGGCCUCUCGCGCAGGUGAUCGAGCAAAAGACCAAGGGAUCGCCGUUCUAUACGAGGGAGCUGUUGUUGAGUUUGCAUCGGAAGGGGGAGAUUAGCUUCGAUUGGCGGGUUGGUCAAUGGACGUAUGAUAUCAACUCCGUGAAGCAGGAGUUGGAUGUGAUUCAACGGGAUGAGGUCGAUGUAUCGUUCCUUGUUUCUAGACUGCGCGAGUUGAGUCCUGAUGGUCAGGCGUUUGUGCAGUGGGCUGCAUUCGUCGGGACUUCUUUCUCGUUCGCGAUGGUGAAAAGCUUGUUGGGCCACCGUGUUGAGGACUUUGGUGGGAACUCGAGUGAUGAGAAUGUCAGUAGACCCAAGAGUUUGAGAGAUAUCCAGGUCAAUGCGGUGAACGGAUUGCAGGCUGCGCUUCAGGCCGCUAUCAUUGUUCCUGGAGACGCGGACGACGAUAACUUCCGUUUCUCACACGACGGAUAUGUUCGUGCUGCAUUCGAGCUCAGUGAUCCUUCUGAUCGGGAGAAAAUGCAUUUCAUCAUUGCGCAGAUUAUGCUCUGUGAUGAGGAUUACGACGUUUACUUUGUCGGUGAUCACCUCGGAAAGGCAUUGAAUCUCGUGAAGACCAUGGCUGACACGAGGCAUGCGCGAGAUGUGUUCUACCGGGCUGCGGCGAAGGCUGCGACAUCCGGAGCGCAUGAAGUGUCUUUGGGCUAUUACCUCAAGUCGAUGGAGCUUUUGCCCGAGAAGCCUUGGGAUGAGCCUCCUGGUAUUACGUAUGAGGAAGUUCUGGAGCUUUACCUCCUCACAGCUGAGUGUCACUGGUGGUGCAGAAAUCUCGUCGAAGCACAAGAAUUGGUCGACGAGAUCUUCAAGAAGGCCAAGUCGAUUCAGGACAAAGCCCCGGCUUACCGACUUCUCAGCCGACUGCUCUAUGAGAAGCGUCAGUACAGCGACUCCAUGGAUAAGAUCAUGGACUGCUUGACUCAGUUGGACGACAGUAUCACCCGUGAGCCUACCAUGGAGCUCCUGAACGACAUGUUCAUGAAGCUCAAGCCACGUGUGGAAUCCAUGGACUUCGAAGAAGCGCUCGAGGCCCCGAUGAUCACGAACGAACGGAUGAUUACGAUCUCAAGCCUUCUUGCUGAAGCUCUUGCAUCCGCAUACUUCUGUUCGCCGCUUUUGUUCUUGUACAGUGCUCUCAUGAUUAUGCAGCUUAACCUCGACCAUGGUAUGUUUGAAGGUGUUGGGAUCGCAUACCUCGCUUUCGGCACUGUAGCCUCUGCGCAGUACGGGCUGCCUCGCUUCGGGGCCGAUGUUGGAAGGUACGGGUACGAAUUGGUCGUUCGAUAUGGUGACCAAGCCACCAAGGCAAGAGGUAUCCUGUCGUACCACGUUCUGAUGAGCCACUUCCACGAGCAUGUCCGGGUUGUGGCUCCCGGAGCAUCGACAGCAUUCAAGUUCGCCAUCAACACUGGUGACAGGGUUUACGCAACGUUCUCCCUAGCUCAUCUCGCUGUAGGCAAGUGGGCUGUCAGUGCUAACUUGGUGGAGACGGCCGCAUUCUGCGACUACGCCUUGUCCGAAAUUGGUACCUGGGGUAAGGAUACAGAUGGUGCUACCCUGGUCCACGGCAUCGGACAGUCCGUCCGAGCUUUGCAGGGUCUUACUUUGGUUGACCAGCCCGACGGUGUGUUGACUGAUGCCGACGGCCCCUUCAAUUACGCAGAGCAUAUGGACUGGGUUCGUAAGACCUCUGCGAACUUUGAAGUUGCAGAUGUAUGGAUCAGUAUGUUCCAAAUUUGUCCGCUGUUUUUAUACGGGCAUUAUGACAAGGCAAUCGAGGUUGGUAAGAGCUGCACUGGCCGCAUUGCUCUGCACCCAUGCUUGCGACAGGUCAGGUUCAUGCAAUUCGUUUACUCUUUGGCCAUUAUCGCGAAGAUCCGUAGGGAUGAUGUCACUGGCGCUGAUAGAGAGGAGUUCCUCGAGCAAGUCAAAGCGAACCAGAAUUCCAUUGCAACCUACAUGGCCAUCUAUAGCGACAAUUACUUCAUGUGGUACAAGCUGGUCGAAGCCGAGCUGCUUUGCCUCGAGGGCAACUUUGCUCAAGCGACCGUGGCAUUUGAGGCGGCCGGAGAGGCAUGUGCCGAACAAGGCUUCCGUUUGGAAGAGGCCAUGACCUGCCAGCUUGCUGGUGAGUUUUAUUUGCGCAAUGGGCUCAAGAGGGUUGCCAGGGGACUUUUGCGUGAUGCUCUCUCGAUGUACCUGAUCUUGGGUGCCACCGGGGUUGGCGAACACUUCAGCCAAAAGCACAGCGUGACGCUGCGAAGCCCUACUCAGGGUCUUGUAGUCGACGUUGGUGUCCAAACAGACUCGGUUAUGCCGAACUUCCAGGAGGGUCGCUCCGGUUCCAUAAUUGGUAUGAAUAAUGACUUCCAGUUUGACGGACCCGUUGUAACACAACCUUGGGUAAACAAGUCCGGUAUUGAGAUCGAGAACGCCGAGCCUCCCACAUCAACGGACGAUCCCAACUACCUGACCUUGGAUAUCAUUGACCUGACAUCCAUCAUCUCUUCAAGCCAGGUUUUGGCUAGUGAGAUGAACGUCGAGACGCUUUUCCAGAAGCUCCUCCAGAUCGUCAUUGAGAACACUGGCGGAAGUCUUAGCGCUAUCGUUGUGAAAGAUGACGGGAUCUUUGCUAUUGCUGCUGUGGGUCAUGCCGAAACUGGCAAAUAUGUGACGUACAAGCCGCCGAGGACCCUAGUCGACGAAGAGCAGGAUCUCUCUACCCGAAUCGUCAACUAUGUCAUUCACACCAAGGAGGCCCUGUUCCUGGAGAACUCGUUGGAGGACGAGCGAUUCUGUGCAGGUGCUUGGUUCCAGCAGAACCCGAACGGCAAGUCAGUCAUUGGUUUGCCUAUCAUGUACAAGGCCACUCUCGUUGGUGUCCUUUACCUUGAAGGCGCUAUUCACUCCUUGACCUCAAGGCACGUGUCAGUUCUGUCGCUGUUGAGCUCGCAGAUUGGUAUCUCCAUCACUAAUGCCUUGCUUUUCAAGUCCGUUCAGAAGGCUACUUUGGCGAACAUCUCGAUGAUUGAGAGUCAGAAACAGGCUCUUCAAGCUGCCAAGGAGAGUGAAGCGAAGUACAUUGUCAAGUGGAUCGGUGCCUUCAUUGACAUCGAUGAUCAGAAGACCGCUGUUCUGUCCAAGACCGCCUUCUUGGCCAACAUGUCGCACGAGCUGCGUACUCCUUUCUCUGGGUUCUACGGCAUGCUCAACCUGCUCGUUGAAACCGAGCUGGAUGCGGAACAGAGAGAUAUUGUUACGACUGCCAAGCAGAGUUGCGAGAUGCUUCUUCAAAUCAUCGACGAUCUCCUCAACUUCAGUAAGCUGGAGGCUGGUAAGGUUCAACUUGAGCCCGAUCUCAUCUUUACUACCGAGGAUGUUCUGGCCGACUGUGUCGAGCUUGUCCAACCUCUGGCAGUGAAGAAGGGUCUGGAGCUAGCCUUUGACAUUGACCCGAAGGUACCCACUCGCUUGGCAGGUGAUGCCACGAAGAUCCGCCAAGUCCUCACCAACUUGCUGGGUAAUGCUGUCAAGUUCACCAAGGACGGUUACGUGCAAGUGCAAUGUUCAUUGCAAGCACCGCCGUCUUACGUCACGGAUCCAGACGCUUGUUUCAUCCGCUUUGAGGUUCAGGAUACCGGUAUCGGUAUGUCUCAGAACGACAUGAAGACCCUGUUCAAGCCCUUCUCCCAAGUUGACGGUAGUACGACGAGACGUUACGGCGGAACGGGUCUUGGUCUUUCCAUCUGUUUGCAAAUCUGUAAGCUCAUGGAAGGUGACAUUGGAGUGACUGCGGAGGUUGACAAGGGAUCUACUUUCUGGUUCUAUGUCCGUGUCCGCUCCAUCCCUGCCAACCAUGCUAGUGCCAACAGCGAUGAGGAGAUCCGGAUGCUUUCCGAGAUUAGGCAACAACUUGCCGGCAAAGAAAUUCUUCUUGCAUCUCAGCACAAGUUUAAGAUCCUCAUUGCCGAGGACAACCCCGUCGCGCAGAAGCUCCUCACGAAACAGCUCACCAAAUUCGGACUCGAGGUCGAAGCAGCAAACAAUGGUCUAGAGGCCGUCGCACACUUCGAGCAACACCCACCCGGCUAUUUCGCAAUGUUCUUCGCGGACCAUCACAUGCCGCUCUGUGACGGUGUCGAAGCUACGCGAAGGAUUAGAAAGAUCGAGCGUGAGAACGAGUAUGAGAUGAUUAUUCCGAUCAUUGCGUUGACUGCGGAUAUCCAGCAGAGCGCGAAGGAGAGUUGUUUGGAAGCGGGUAUGACGAAAUACCUGACGAAGCCCUUGUUGCAAGCGAGUCUUGUGAGCACACUGAGGCAGUUUUUGUUGCAAGAGUAA